UCCCUGCUGGCAUCUGCCUUUUGCUCUUCAUCUCGUCGUCGCGUCGUCGUCUAGCAGCUGGAUUGGCUGGAGCGGAGUCAGCUCAGAGCGCUCUCAGCUCGGGCAUCCUGAGCUCGAUGGCAAAGCGCAAGCGAGCUGCUGUCGGUCGAGACGAUGGGCCCGACAACAGUGCACUCACCGAGCCAUCGAGCUUGACGGACGACGCAGAUUUGUCCGCAAACGUCGAAUCAGAGCGACAAGAGCUUUCGUCAGCUUCGCCGACCUCUGAAGCCUCAGACAGCCUGCUGCAGGCUGUAAAGGUGCCUGACCUUGCCAGUAGGCUUUCGUCUCCCCUGACGAGCGGCGUCUCUACCGCUCGAUCGGGUCUUGCGCACCGCAAGCCUCGCCUGUCUGCAGCAGCUCCGGCUCGCAAAACCCCAGCAAGCGGUGCGGUUCAGCUUGACAGUCAGUCCAAUACAUCAACGUCUCCAUCUUCCGCGAAAGCGACUGACAGGCAAACCUCACUCUCGGGUUUGUCCGCCCCUACCACCGCGACACAAAGCAGCAACUCGGCGGACAGAUCAGUCAGUCCUUUGCCGCCGCUCGGCACCAGAUCGUCCAAUCGACAGAAGACUGGCAGCGAUAUCAAUCUGAGCGUGUACGAACAAGUACAAGCGAUCGAAGCAGCUGCUCGUCUGGAGGUCACACAACUUCAAAACCAAUCGCGCGCUGGCGAGAGCGAGUCUAGAGAGCUUGCACCGGACCACAUCAUGCCCUCGGAAGCGGCGCCUGUCAGUCGGAUGUCAGAAAGUCAGACGGUAUCGGAGACGCCCAAUCUGCCGCCCGCCAAGAAACCGCGCUUGAGUAUCAGAGGAAUGGGCAAAGCCCGUGCACGAGCCCUUGGGACAAGUGCUAGCGCCGAUGACGCAGGUAUCGCAGACGUAUCGCCAUAUGAAGACGUAGCGGACAUGUCUGAUGCUACUCUGCCUGUCACCGCAUCUCUUGCUUCUCUGCCAGACCAGCCUAUGCGCAGGGAUAAGAGUAAAAGUGCCAUCGGGAGUCCACAGAUUGCUUUCUCAUCAGCAUCUGGGCCGAGUGAUCUCGCUGCGCCUACGGACGCAACUUUGGCGCCACUUCCACGGCGAGAUACUGCAUCUGUUGCAGCUUCUGGCGACUUCCGACUCGAACGCGACGGGCUUACUGCGUCGACCCACCGUAGUGAUGCAGAUCAGAUGCAACGCGCCGGCUCAAAACCCGCGCAGCAAGAUCAAGUCUCUCCCUUGGCUUUGCCGAGUGUGUCGACCUUCAAGACUACGAAGUCUGAAGCUUGUGCGGACUCCGAGAUCUCUUCGCAUGGCCACACGCCCUCUGCAACGCCUUCGGAUGUCGAUGCGACGCUCAUUCCCAAGCCUUGCCCGGAUAUGCAGAUUGCAUCUGAUCAAAGUGUGCGAAGCACACAGACAGACGUGAUCAGCCCGCUCAAAGGAGCAGAGUUUCCGGCAUUGCCGCCCGCUGAAGGUGGUGCUGCUGUUCUGCCCGAGCAUUCGCAGUCAGCUUCUGCCGACCCGAUCGAGAACACGUUGCCUGAUGUGAAUGCCAGUGCGAAUGCUUCUGAGCAGCUCAAUAGUGACCCCUUAAGUGCGGUCGCGAAUCAGAAUUCGGCAGCUCGUACGAAAGAUGAGCAUGGACAAGCUCAAAUUGAGCCAUAUCACGUCGUCGAGAUGCUAGCGGAUCCACGUACGAAUACGCAUGCCGGUAGGACGCCGGUGUCUUGUGCCGAUCCUCCCGCCCCAAACGCGCAAGCACGACCCGUAAACCCGUCUUCAACAUCAGAGCGUCGGCAUCAUCGCCCUCGAUCAUGUAGUCCUGGUCCGUCCAGGAUUCCUGCCGCGGCAACAUCUCGCGAUAAUGAGCGAUCGGGCGAUCGACAAGGCAGCCACGGCAGAGCAUCCUCUAGAGAUCAUCGUUCUCAUCACGACCGCCAAGAUGGGCCUCAAUGUCGUGCAGGUCUAGGCGCACGUGAUCAUCGCGAACUCUCAGAGGACGCUCAUCGCUUUGCUCGCCGCGACAGCAUUGUCACAGAAGACGAGCAUCGCACUCACAGACAUAAUCGCUCGGAUCGCUCGGAUAACGAUUCUUCCACACGUUUCCAUGGGAGGCAACAUCGGGAUGAUAGGGCUCGCGAGUAUCGAGGGUCUUCGUCCCAUGAUCAGCUCAGCGUCGACGAUCGGGCCUUGUCGUCACGUGUCAGACAAUCCGGUCGGGCAGAUUCGCAGGAGCCAGUCAAUCGCACGCAAUAUGUGCAAAGAUUGAAACGCCGAAGACUAGACGAGGAGGAACACUACACCGCCGAGCCUGCAUUUACGGAAUACAUUCAGCGUUAUGACGGCUGCGAACGAUGUCAUCAGUGCCCAGCGGCCCAUAAUUGGCAGGAAUGCACCGGUCCAAUCAUGGCCAUCAGUCCUCUUUGGUCCAUUGAUCUGAGCAAACCUCCGCUGGACUAUCAGCGCGAGCGUUACAAAGGCUUGGGUGAACGUUACUACGGCGGUUAUCGCACGAGUGCAGUCCAAUUCGAUUUGCUCAUUCAGAAUUCUCUUUGCCUUCGAUGUCAUUCGAUCCCUGUCAGGCGAGAGACUGGUCACUGGCUCAGCCGCUGUCAGCAGCGUAUCGAUUACGGCGAAUCGAGCGACAGCCCACUUGAAGCUUACCUACACAAUAAGCCGCUCGAAGAACGUACCCUCUACGAACUCGCAUACCUCAAUAUGUGGCGGCUUUGCACCAUUUGCGCUCAGCUCGGACACAGCGCUCGCUAUUGUACUAACCCAUCGGUAUCUCUCGAUAUGGCUGAUCUCACUCUUCGACCGGACAACGCCCGAGGAUAUCCAAGCAGCAAAGAUCAGAUUGCGUUCGCAAGAUCCGGCAGAGCUUGUGCAGUUUGCCAUUCGCGCGAUCACACCGAAAGUCGCACCUGUGACGAUGUCAUCACAGACUUCUCGAUGGACCCGUUGCCACACAAAGUCAGCCCGACAGUAAGUGACCGAGACCUGGACACAUAUGCUCGUCAAGUCCUCGCGUCCGAAGGCCGGCUGCUGACAGGCAUACGUGCACAACCCAGACAAAUGGCUGAUACUGCUCGCUUCCGAGAUCUCUCAGCGGUCUCGAUUGGACCAAGGUCAGCUGUAGCGGCAGUCGAUCCAGUGACACAGCACGAGCAUCCAAAGGAAGAUGGAUAUCGAACUAUCAGACGCUCCAUCGAGGACGAUGUUCAUUACUCUGCCAAUGACGAAUUCACAGCCUAUGUGAAGCGCUAUGCGGGCUGCAAUAGGUGUCAUCAAUGCCCCGCAGCGCAUACAUGGGACAAGUGCACAAAUCCGAUCAUGGCGAUCAGUCCCUUGUGGCUCUCACACACCGACCGGCCGCCCCAUCAUUACCAAGGCGAACGGUUCCAUUGGUCCGAAUCCGGACAGCGUCAUCGAGGCGGCUAUGCGACAAGUGCAAAGCAGUUUGACCUGCUGAUACAGCACAACAUAUGCCUAAGAUGCCAUUCACAUGCGGUAGAUCGCGACACACACCACCCCGACAACUGUCGGGUGAGGAUAGAGGACAGCGCUGUGUACAAUAGCCCCCUGCAAGACCUUCGGUCGCCGGUACAGCAUCUCAUUGGACUCGCGGUCAAUGUCUUUGACUAUGCUUACAUGAUGAUGUGGCGACUAUGCACGAACUGCGGUGGUCCCCGGCACGGUGCUAAACGCUGCAAUCAUGCGCCAACAGAUCGGCGGCCCCUACAUCAUGCAGAUCCGCCAGACGCCUCCGCAGGAUAUCCUUCCAGCAAAGCACAAUUCGAUUUCUUGUCCGGCGAAGGAGGAUGCUUGCGCUGCCACUCACUAGAGCACGAACAGCGUAGCUGCACGGCCAUUGUCAAUGACUACAUGCUGGAUCCCCUGCCUUUGCGCCCGUCACGCAGACUGCAGAUACGCGAACUACGAGAAUACGCAGAACGUGUGUAUCAGUCUCGCGGCCGCUCACGCAAAGGCGUCCGCGUCGAGGUUCAGGACACACCGAGGGGAUCGAACGAUGACUAUCGAGCGAGCGGGCCUCUUAUGGACCGAUUGUCGCCUGUAAGCUCAAGGGGGCCCCGAGCGAUGCAACCCACCGAAAAGCGAUGGGCUCUUGAAGGGCACUCCUCUGGUUAUCGAGCGCAUGCAUACAGCCAUGAUCAGGCUUCUCACAGUUUCAACUUGUCAUACGGCAGUCCAGUUGCAAGCAUCUCGCCAGCGCCCAGCUCUACCUUUGCUACACGCCCAGAACCGUCCUCAUACUCGCGACCGACCUCGACCCAAUCAAGCCUUGCUGCCCUCUCGGCGGUACAAGCCGUAUCGGACCGCCGGCAAGGCUCAGAAAGCGAGGGCUCCGAAGCUGGCGAGCUCGUCGAUGCUAUAUCAUUUGUGCAUAGUUCGGCCUAUGCUCAGCUGAGAGACAGGGUGCUCGCUCAGCUAGUAGACACCGGCGAUCUUGAUGACGAUCUGAUGGAGCGCAUCGCGGCUUUCGAUGACGACGUUUAUGCACACUUUUGCGACGAGCUUAGAAACUCAGAAGCUUGGCAAGAUCUAACUGUCGCUUACGAGGCGGACUUCCCGCAAGGCGAACUGUGGCAGAUGGACUGGGACUGCAAUUCAGUCGACGACAUCGUUGUGAGUGAUCUAGGGCCUUUGCCUGGAUCAACAGAAUGGCUUGAACUGCAAUCAGACUACAUCAUGGCCGACGCAGAGCCAGCCGUGCCAAGCUUUGCAGAGAUUCUGCAGCGACCUGCGGGUGCAUCACGUUUCGAAGAUUACGAGCAACGUAACGUACUUGGCGAAGGCACUUUUGGUAUAGUGUACGAAGCCAGUCGAAAGGAUCCCAUCAGCGCGGAACAGACGCGCAAUUACUCGCAUCGCACGCUAGAGCAUGUGCGCCAAGUCUACGCGACUGGCGGCGAGCUGGCCGGUCCUCUGCCAGAGGCGGUCAAGCCAGGCACGAGAGUCGCCUUGAAGGAGAUCCGUCUGCAUCGGCCUGAUCUUGGUGGCGGCAACAAAGGUCCUAUACCUUCAUUUCCGGUCAAUGGUCUUAGAGAAAUCAGAACGCUAAAACGCUGCCAGCAUCCGAACGUCAUUGAGUUGCUCGAGAUGGCCCAUCAGCAAACCGAUUGGGAGACCUUUGAGCGAGGCAAGCUCUACAUGGUAUUCCCACUGAUGGAGCACGAUUUGGCCGGUCUUCUGAAGAAUCCGGAAUUUCAACGAGAUAUCUUAGCCGACCUUGGACUUAUCAAGCAUUACUUCUCCCAGCUGCUGCUUGGUCUCGAUUAUCUACAUGAGGCAAGCGCGCCGCAAUCUCAUAGACCUGCGCUGAUGCACACGAGUCAACAGAACGCAAUCAUCCAUCGUGACAUCAAACCUGCCAACAUACUAGUCAGUGCUGCAGGCGUCGUCAAAAUCGCCGACUUUGGUCUGGCACGAUUUGUGCCCCAUCAGGAUGUCGAGAAGCGAUACACCAACCAGGUCGUGACUCGAUGGUAUCGUGCGCCGGAAGUCAUCAUGGGCGAACGCAAUUAUCGAGGCGCCGUUGAUAUCUGGAGCGCGGGCUGCAUACUUGGCGAAAUGUUGAUGGAAAGUCGCCCAUCUGUUCUCUUUCCAGGCACUGCAAGUGACGCACAUCAGCUUGUCCUGAUCUGCAACAUGCUCGGUACACCUGCGCGCGAAUAUGUAGCAUCCAUCCGCGAAUGGCCGAACUACCACAACAUGUUUAAAGGUCAGCCAGAAGGCAGGGAGCUGGCAAAAUUCUUCGAUCCGGAUCUCACCUAUGCAAACCAGCUCUCGACUGCUUUUGCUCACUUGCGCAACAAAGAAGCGAGCUAUAGCACGAUCGAUGCUAAAGCAGACAUGCUAGAACUCUUGUCAGCCUUGCUGACAUUUGAUGCUGGCAAACGCGUGACAGCAAAACAAGCGCUCUAUAUGGAUGCUUUCUGGGCAGAGCCGCUUGCUGCUAAAUCACAUGGCGACAUUCCUUAUGUCAUGUCACGAGAAAAUGGGCCGGGCGUGGUCAUCGACCCUCGUCGUCGUUUGCCAAUUCCUCAGCUCGCAGGCCGCCCUUCACAACCUCGUGGGCAGAGCCAGUCGCAGCCUCAACAUACCCAUCGCUCGAUUCGCACAGUAGCAGUGUCUCCGUCACCUUGGCACAACGGAGACUCGUCUGCCGCCGACGCUGCAUCGCCAGCUCAGGCGCCAGCUCCUGCUCACAGAGGCCCGCCCAGGCCAUCAGGUCUCUCGUUUUUACAGUCACAGCCAGGUCUCCUCCGACCCUCUGCAGGUCAAGGAGGCGGGUUGGCUCCGAAUCGUGUCAGCAGCUAUUCGCACCUUGCCCGCAGGACCAAUCCAACAGGUCGUCAACCCUAGUUUACUCAACCAGCAUAGUGUUGUUGCUUCGAAUAUGCAUAUUUGCUAAGAGACCACUGGC